CUCAUGCUAUUCGCGUGAAACACGCGCGACUCGCGGGAUGAAAGACGGGACUACGCCAAUGAAGUCUUUCUUCUUGCGGAGGAUAUCGCGGUCAAUUGUGUGGAAAGUCGGAUAUAUAUAAUAGUUGCGCAAGUUCCGGUAGCGGAACGAGCUGCUUGCUGAGAAACAUCGGUUUGAGAUGCUGCGGCGUUGGAAAUUCGAGCUGCGGAGGAUGUUACUAAUGAUUCAUCGCUUUAAAGAUUCCACGCUCGUUGCACAUUCAAGAAAUUAAUAAAUAAAACAGUUUUCCCGAUGCAAUUACGUGAAUUUAUCGCUUCUGGAAACGCACAAUUUACUUGAUUAAACAGGAUACUUAAUUUUUGCUCGUUUGCCAUAAACGUAAAUCGUCGAUGAUUUCUUAAAUCUUCGCCAAGUGGGACUUUGAAAACACAGUCGAUAUUUUGAUUAUAAAUUCUGAUAGAGUAAUAUUAAAAUCUGCACCGAAGUUCAAAGAUCCAGCUGUGUUAGUGACGGAAGAUGCAAAAUUCCAUUUGGCCGACAGAAGUUAUAGCGUGAUAUGUGAAACGUUAAGGAUGAGACUGUUAAAUUAUUUACGAGACAAUCGGCACUGGCCGAAACGCGUGCUCGGCAUCUCGAAAUUAUCCGCUUUCGAGUUUUUUAAAAUCAAGCAUUCUGACUUAUCGCCUAAUCAGCUAUUAAAUCAGUUGAGAAAACAAAGUAUAGACUCUGACGAGAUCCUCGCGGAGCAUCAUCGGCAGCUCACUUGCGAGAAAGAACUUGCGCGCAUUCUAUGUAAUCUCAACGUCAGUUAUCGGAUUAUGAAAAGAAUAGCCGACAUGAACUACGUAGAUUGGGCCGACCUGGUGAUCACAAUCGGCGGAGACGGCACCUUUCUCUUGGCCUCGAAACUGAUAACAAAUAAUAAAACGCCGAUAUUCGGCAUUAAUCCGCAUCCCGGAAUCAGUACCUUCACACUGCCGGUUAAGUAUAGCACAGACAUCGAAAGGAUAUUUGAGAAACUGCAUGCGGGGGAUUACACCGUCUUGAUGAGGAGUCGUAUACGUACAGUAAUGACAGGAGAAGGAUUAUAUCAACAGCCCUUUCAUGUUCACGAAAAGAGUCGCAUGCACGGUGAAAAAAGAGCCGACGCACUCAUGAGAUCCACUCAGUGGAAAAUAGCGGAUGCCCUGCAGCCCCGUCAGAGAAUUUUACCUUGGCUGGCAUUAAACGAGGUGUUCAUGGCCGAAUUUUUGGCGGCGAGGCCAAUCAUUUUGACAGUUCAGGCAGAUGAAGAGAAGAGAUUCAUGAUCCGUUCCUCGGGUAUCUGUGUCUGCACGGGCUCAGGCUCUCGAUCCUGGUAUAAGACGAUGAAUUUGCAGACCGCCGAAACAAUUCAAACUCUUGUGGCCAUGGCAACUGGCAGGCAACUGGACGAGAGAGAAACCUGCAAUGUGUUGCACAAGUAUCACAGUAAUCUUCUGUUUCCACCAGACAAUUUAAAAAUGGCAUAUAUGAUAUAUGAGAUGUCUCGAAGUACACUCUGGCCGAAGCUUAUUUCGGACAAGCGAAUGUGUUGCAGAAUCGAAGUCACAUCGACAGGCUUUGAUGCUGGCAUUAUUUUAGAUGGCAGCAUGUCUUUACCUUUUAAUGAUGGCAACACCGCGUCCUUCGAAAUCCGACCCGAAUAUUCGUUAAAAAAUAUUAUUUUGUAAUAAGUAUCAUAUAAUCAUUGUAACUCCAUAUCCUGUUGUCGAUAAUUUUUUUUCUUGUCCGGAUAACUCAAUUAUACG